AUGCUUGGGCCUGAUGAUGAGUAAGAAAGAGUUGAGAUCGAUGAGUAGCAGGUGUAGGAUAAAAUCAUUAUUCAACGAAGGAAUACGCUAUUCAGAGAAUAUGUUAUUCACAUCAAGAUAAAAUGAACACUUGCUCACAUAUACAUAGUACUGGCUUGCUAUUCUAAUGAAUUCUUAAUUCUUAAAAAUUACGAACAUACACUCAGAAUAUUAAUACUUAAGAGGGACAUUAUUAAAAAAUUCAAUUUUAUCUAAUAAAAUUCCAGAAUUGUAUAAACCUUUAAGCGCCAGAAACGAAAUACUUGUUUUUCGAACUUGUUUUUUCACCAUGAUUUUUUGAAUACGCUGGAUAAUCACACGUAUAAAGCUUAAUCAGGACAAGGGGAAAGAGGAAAAUAUUUACGACUGAAUUCUCUCAAGACAGCGCUAGUUCUUACCUUGACGCAUAGGUACUUAUGAAUUGUUCGCAUUUGAACGUCUAUUUAUUUUCUUUUUUUUUUUCCUCCUCUUUUCCAGGCAUUCGCUGCGGCAGCACAUGUUGCGACACGCUGGCAAGAAGUACAAGUGCGGACUUCCGGGCUGUCCAACGGUGCUCCGGACGGCCUCCGAAUUAAGAUCGCACAGAAGCUUGGUACACGACAGCACGCCGUCAAAUAGGCAGUACAAGUGUUCGGAUUGCUCCUACGCGGCGAAGACGAAGACCCAACUACGUCGGCAUCGUGCACGACACGACGAGCCAGAGGACACGGGGAAAUCGGAACUCCGCGCAUGCCCCUACAGUGGCUGCGCUUUCAAAACGAAACUCGCUUCUCAUUUGCAGCGGCACGUGCGUCUCCACACGGGCACAAAGCCUUACAAGUGUCGUCAUUGUCCGUACGCGAGCAACAACUUGGAAAACCUGAGGAAACACGUGUUAUCGACGAACCUCCAUCCAGGAAAGACGAUCUACGAAUGCGACGUGUGCCAAGGUGACAAUCCGGAGCCGUUUCAAACGAACUUCGCGAAAGAGUUGCGCGCUCACCUGCUGGAGGUUCACAGCGACGUUUUCCCGACGACCGGCCACGUGAACGACUACGUGUUCAGGAUUUUCAAGACUCACCAAGACCCCUCUUUCGUCGACGAGUCGAAUUAACCGGUCGCGGUCCGGGCUGUCUCGUAAUUUCGACGAGGCACGUCCACCGAUAUUUACGAAGCGUGUACGUCUUAAAGUGGUGGACAGGUGACCCGCGACGACGGCCUGGCCGAAAGAAACGGCGCAACGUUCUACAGAUCCUGCGGAUCGACGAUCCCUCGAUCAGAGCGUCGUUGAGUUAUCCCCGUUGCAGCUGGACAUAGCGCACGGAUGCGCGCGUUAGUCCUCGGGACGCUCGGUGGCAUCUCUCGUUGUUCGUGAUCGUGCGAACCGGUAGGCCUGUACCACGCCAGGAAAUAGUUAAAGUGAUGUACGGUCACGUGGCACGGUACGUACGUACACUUGGAACGCGUGUACUUGGAGCGAAUCUUUAUGCCCCUCGCCGGUCGUGAUAUUACGAGAAUCGUUCGAGUCCACCUGCUGAUUCCUCGAAUUUCUCGUCUCGCUUGUAUACACGUGCGUGUACAGUGCACGAACGCGCGUAAUCUACGCGAGUCGUCAUUAUGGAUUUUUCCCUUUUUCUUCUGCCUUUCUAUUGGAAGGCAUAAAAUGCGCAUGAUAUGCAAAGGUAUGUAAAUGAAAGAUUGCAUGACUGAAUGAAACGAGUCUCGUUAAUUAUCAUCUUCGAAGAUGAUGUUCAUCGUCUCAUCAGAUUUCAUAUCGUAUGUACACGUAUUUACAUAUUACGUAAAACGAUUUUAAAAAGAUUUCGGCGAUCCAUCGAUGUUCACACGAAAAAUAGAUCAUCUAUUGCCUUAGGUAACUUUUUGGAGGAACUAUUCUUUCGUUGGAUUAUAGUUCCAAGUUUUAUAAAAAAAAAAAAA